AUGUUCGCACAAUCAAUGAAUUGCCUGCCUGCCCGCCCGCCCGCCCGCCUGCCUACACCCGUCGCCUGCCUGCCUGCCUGCUUGCCCGUCCACCCGCCCGCCUCUUCUACUAUCCUGCUUUCCUCCUUGCCACUAUUAACAUCCGCUUACUCUCCCACUCUCUCUCUCUCUCUGGACCAGCCAAUUUCACAUUCCUUCAUCGCUUCAGACACCACUCUAAUCGUCCAAAAUGAUCCGGAAAUUUGCGCACUGAGAGUCAUGUCCGUCUAUCAUUCCACCACCUCCGGCCAGCAAAACAGCAGCUCCGCGUCCGGAGCGACAAACGGCCAAUCCACAGCCGACUCCGCAGGCAAAAACAAUCUCGCCUUGGACUAUCUGGCUAGUGUAUUUGCUUCCAAUGGAACUAUACCACCAACCCCUCUACCACAACACUCAGCAGCUAGUAAUUUAACCCCCAGCACUGGAGAUAUCAUGAAUGCACUUAUUGCUGCCGCUGCAGCCGCCGCUGCUGCUACCACCACAAGUUCUGCGGCUUCCCCCAGCUCCAUGGACCCAUUCACUGCUUCAACCCUGCUCUCCUCUCUGAUGUACAGCCAACAACAGCAGAGUACGGUGGUUCCAUCGAGUCUUUAUCAGUCUCCAACGGACCUCUAUUCUCCCAAAUCCAACCUCCCUCUGGAUCCUAUCCUCUUUGCCCAUCACGCUCUAAUGCAAGCGAAUUUCGAUGCAUCAAGCCGUCACCAUCCAACUAACCACCACCAGCAGCAGCAUCAACAACAACAGCAGAUGGCACUUGCGAUGGCCAGUUUGCUUGGCCAAUGGAGCUCCAAUCCCUUUCUCUCCCUCCAACAGCGUCGUGAUUUGUGCUCUUAUCAUGCAGACAGUGUGGAGGAGACCUCGACAACCGCAGCACCAACAGCCGGGCCGGACGAGUCCUUCAGUUCCGUUUUGGCGAAGUUAACACAGGGUCUCAACCAGAGCGGUAGUGCAUCCACUCCUUCCUCUGCCUCCUCUCGGGUGAGUCCCCCUACCACCUCCACUGGUGUGUUCGCUCUCUCACAACGUUACAAAUUAUUCGCACCGACCACUCUUUCGCUGCCUUCGUGCCAAAGGUCGCUUGUGCUGGAGACUCCAAGUUCAUCACACGGCCAGACGAAAGAUUCGAUUGUCUCAACAACAUCAGUUUCAACAUCAUCCUCUGGGGUCCUGACGAAUACGUCAAGAUUUCCUCUCCAAGAAGCCGGAGAGAAUGCCGCAGCUUUUGCUGCCGCAGCUGCACUGACGGCUCUGCAGCAGCAGCAACAACAACAGCAACAGAAUCGAAUGGCGGCCUCCAAACAGUCUUCCCACCUAUCUCAUCGGUCGACGCUUCUGGGGACAACACUAAGUCGCGAAGGUCAUCCACACAGGGGCAGGGGAAGACCUCCCAAGUCCUCUUUAGCCCUAACCAGGACUCCAUUUGAUAAACCCUCCCGAGCUACGACCUCGACCCCACAGCCUGAGUCCUGCCUGGCCGACUCGAACAGCAUCGACGGAACCAUAACCGAUGUGCUCAAACGUCUCAACGACUCCGUCGAUCUCUCGGGCAGCCGCAAACGAAGGCGCAUUGCCUCUACCGAAAAAAUGACCCCCAGUACUGCCUCUGCAACUGCUGCAGUUGCCACCACACCUACAUCAUCUGGAGCUCCUGUUUCCACAUCCAAAUCGGAUACCUCAGGUCACAAACGAGUACGGGGCUUCGCUGACAGUGGUUACCGACUUCCCUUGGGUUUAGGCUGGCGCCGCGAGACCCUCGUGAAGGGUGUCGGCCCAGGGGGCCUGUUGGGAGACGUAGUCUAUAUCGCUCCCUGCGGUCGUCAAUUUUGGAACAUCGAGGGUAUACGAGAGUACCUUCGAUCAGUAGAGAACAGUAUUUUAACCGCAGAAGAUUUCACUUUCAAAUCCUACAUCCGUCUUGGCGACUAUUACGAGUGUAACAAGGACUCGAAGGGGUUUGUGAAGAUGUCCGAGGCUGCUGUGAAUGCACUCAUCACCACUGGCCAAGAUUCCCCUUCCAGAAGUCAUCGACGAACGCCUCAAGCGGUUUUUCCUCCUACUUCUCUCCCAUCCACCACCGUCACCGCUACUACUUCCAUCCCACCCACCAACACUGCUGCAAAGUCACUUUCAGGUUUAGCCUUUAAUCCUGACCUCAUGGCUGCAAUGGCGGCAGCGAACGUGGAGAACUACUCAAAACCGUUCACCGAUUUCCACUUGGCUCUGCCUCGGUUUCCCAGCCUCCCGCCCCAAUUAACCGCAGUGCUGGCCAAUCAAAUUGGGUCCUUGUGGUCGCCAUGGCCAGCCGAUAUUCAAAAUACCGAAACUUCUGCCGUGGCUGCAUCGCCUCCAUCGACUACUUCGUCCACUUUUGCGCUCCCUUCCACUCAGCAGCAGCAGCAACCUCAGCAGAAGGAUCGCUUCUCCCUCCAGUCUUCAAGUUUGAGCAGUCUUGAGGAUUUUGAUCGACUUCGAUCCUUCUUUACGAAACUCGUCGAGGAUCAUCAACGUCUAGAGAACGAGAAAGAGACUCAAAGAAAGGCCGAUCUGGAGGCUCAAACCGCAAAAGCACGUGAAGAGCGUGUUGCCUACCUCGUAGACGAAGAGUUACGAAGGCCUGUGGAGGAUUUGAAUGUCCUCAAUCCCAAGGUUCUGCCUGAAUUUGAUCGCAUUGACGGCAACCGAAUGCCUAGCCAAGUAUUCACUGAUUGUCUUUUUGUUUUGGAAUUCCUUCACGCAUUUACAGAGGUCCUCUGCAUCGAUCCUGAGACCAUUCCGUCCAUGCGGUGCAUGCAAGCGGCAUUCAUUGAUAGGGAUGAUACUUGCAUCGAGGUUAUCAAUCACCUCAUUAUUGAACUACUAAAAUUCGCUAUUCUCGACCCUGGUAUUCCGACACCUCGACUGGUAACUCAACUUUUGAGCCAGCGGUUCAGUGAAAUGGAAGUAAACACUCAGACAGUAACCGGACUAUUGCGUGUCUUUCUCAUUGGUCGAAAUGGUUACGAGGACGAGAUGUCUGAUUGGCUGGCGCCCUCGAAUGUAGGUCAUCUUAAGGAUCUUUCGGGUCCUCAGUUGGCCAGUCUCCUGGCCUUCAUCUGUGAUGAGCUGACUUGCUCUAGUCGUAUCAUCUCGAAUGAGGUCGAUCGAACCAUUGAGUUGCAGAUCUCGUUGAGAAGGGACAAGUUCAAUAUAGAGGCGAAGAUUCGGAAAAUUCGUGUGAUUUUAGCGCGGAAAUUCGGUUUGGAUCACACGGUUAAUUCGAGGGGAUCAGAGGAAGAGAAUGGCAAAAAGCAACCUGCUUUUUUACAGAGCAUGCGUCAACUCGCGCCAUUCCAAAAUUACGACUCUGGUGAUGAGGAUGAGUUGAACAGUGUGGAUGAGUUGGAGAAAUGCAUAGAGGAGUUACAUCACUGCCUGGAGGCCAAACAGCGGGCAAUCGAGGAGUGCUCCUUCCGACUAUCGGGGUUGUUUUUGGGUCAGGAUCGGUUCUACCGGAACUACUUUGUCCUCGGCAGCGUAGGGGGCAUCUAUGUGGAGGGACAACCGACGGUUUUCAAGGAGGGUUCAGCUAUUCGCGAUGUACCGCCGGUUUUCGGUCCCGAUGCCAUCGUGGCCGAAAUCAAGGCUCGAAGGGAGCUCUCCAUAACCCGACACUUCAGUACAAACUCUAGCAGUACCUCUAGUAAUGGAGUAUUGACACAAAAGCCAAAUCCUUUGCGAUCCACAUCGAAUCCUGGUGUACUGAUAACGACAAAGACUGAAAAACAAACUGCGAUGAGUGAGAAUGAAGAGGUAAAAAAUGAAGAAACACCACUGAUCGAGAAUGAGGCUAAUUUGGAGAAAAAGUGCGAGUUAGAAGAGGAAGCAAAAAUAAUGGAAAUUGUUGGAACCUUCACAGAAGAGUCCCAAGAGGCGAUCAGGAGAGUUAAGGAAGUGGAAAAGAAGGAGGAUAAACAGGUGAAAGAUCAGGAAGAUGAUAAUUUAGAAGAAGAAUCAGUCUCUCUGAAAUCCGAGGAGAGGAUGCCAGAAAAGAGGGAAGAUCCUGAGGAAUCGACAACUUGGCAACCACUGGACCUCUCAACAAAACGGUCCUCACCUCCACCUCUACUCUCACUCUUGCCUUCACAACAAUCUGAUUUGUCCCUUUGUCAGUCUUUGACGGAGCAGGAUCUGGCCUCUGCGUUAGAUGCAUGUCAACUUGAUGACACCUUCUUGACCACUGCCACCCUCCUUUACGCCACCCAGACCGAGACUAUCGAUCGCUCCGCAAUCGUGGGUGGUUGGACAGACCCUAGCUGGCAUGUCCAGCUGCUCUUCUACAAACUCCAAUUGCUUCGGUCGAUAGCUUUUGAGAGGCGCAAAAACUGUGAAAACGAUGAGAAAGCGCUUUCAACGGCAUUAAGACAGUUGAAGAUGUGGUUGGCGGACAGCAGUUUGGAGGGCGGAGAGGAGUGGGAACACUUCAACACAUCCAAUGCUAAUAAUGUACAAUUUGACGACGGGGAAAUGGCAAAGGAGGUAGAACGGAUCCUCAAGGAGAGAAAGGUUCAAGAAGCUGGGCCCGAGUCGCUGGAAUUAAUUCCGGCUGAUGCAAAAGGGAACUGGUGGCGAUUGAAGGGAUCGGAAGGACUGCAGACUCUACUUGAGGCGCUACUCCCGAGAGGCAUUCGGGAGAGGGGUUUGGCCCAGACUAUCCAACUGUCUGAAGAGGCUGUCACCUCGUCGAUCCAUGUCGACCCUUCGACUGUUUUGGACCUCAAUUCUACCUCGAACUCCUCUGAGGGCAGUUGGAAGCCACGCCUUCUGCGAGUCCGUUCGCGCCGUGGCAAGGGCCGUGGAGCUAACGCAUCCAGUCCACUCUGCUCCACCUCCUCAGCCGCCAAUCUGUCCGCUCUCAGCUCUGGACGUCACUUCGCAGCCUCCGUCUCGCACAUCUCCUCGGCGACAAAUCUCUCUGAAAUCGCCGCAGGCGAUGUGAGCACCUAUGCAUUCCACGGAGAUGCAGAGAAUUCGCUUGGAGCUACCAUGGAGCGGAGUGUUUUUCUUGGAGAGAACUUUGAGCGAGCGAUGCGGGCGGGUAGGAACUCCACUAAUUCAGCAGCCACAACAACAGCGGCUGAACGCGAGUUCCUCGAUGAAUACCGAUUUUUGGAAUUGGUUGAAGGACUGGUUGACAGAGUCCUUUCAGCUAGUUUGCAGACCAAAGGCUGGCAGGCUCCAAUGAAAGCAACCGAGGACGACUCCAUACAAAUCGUGCCACGUGACACACCCAAAGUCUACCGCUACGACUACUGGCCCUUAGAACUAGCACGAGAACGCCUACUCGACCUAGAAGCUCACACCGAGCGACGCUAUCUGCUGCCACCUCUGAACUGCGAGUCGCGGCUCGAUGCUGUUCAGGCGCAGGCAGCAGCAGCUGCAGCAGCCGCAGGAGAGGAGGCAGUAACGUUGGUGGAGGGUAGCGGAAGCGUCUGUAGCGACUCUACUAUACACGAAGAAGCUGCAGCAACACUUCGCUCACAUCCUCCACCGCCGCACAUCCGACGGCGCGUAAUACGGCGCAGCGAACGCGAGGCAGAGGGUGAAGAGGGUGACGGUGGUAGUGGUUGUGGGGGUGAGGGGACCUCAGGUGAAGCACAGGGUCUCUUGCUAUGGCGACGCAGCACUCGUAAGGCGGACUCCGUGGCGGAGCUUAAAAGAUGUGCUAUGCAGUUCGAGGCAGCGAUUGCAUGGGACAAGUCCAUCAUGAAAGUGCUAUGCCAAAUCUGCCGGCGCGACAAGAAUGAGGCACGUCUGCUGCUAUGCGACGGUUGCGAUCAUGGCUACCACACUUACUGCUUCCGUCCCCCAAUGAUUUCUAUCCCCGAGGGAGAUUGGUUCUGCUACGACUGUGUCUCCAAGGCGACGGGUAAAUGCCACUGCUUUGUCUGCGGCCUUGCCAAGCCCAUUGGAGCUGCGGAGGCACCAUCAGCGACGGCAGUGGAGCCAGCACACCGACUUGUUCAAUGCACCUCCUGUGCCCGCGGCGCCCAUCCUGCCUGCCUGAGGCCGCCUCUGAACCGGCUGCCCAAGCGGUGGACCUGUAUGCUCUGCGCAGCGAGUGGGUUGAGCGGAGCGGUGGAGAAGGUAGGGGCUGCUGCUACGGCCACUUCAGAGUUCCAAUCGCCGAAAAAGAACAACGCUCCUCAAGCCGAGCGUCCAAAACGCGUCUACAUCAAGUCAGGCGCCUAUCGCAGCUCGAAACGCACGACAAAAUCGAAAUGUGAGUCAGUGAAACAGAGGAUCACCGAGCAGCAGCGAAAAGUUGGACGACCAAAGGGCACCAGUGGCAGCAUCAGUAGUGGUGGCGGUUGCAGUAGUAGGCGGAAGGACUCUUCCUCCCUUAAGAAACGCGGCCGUCCUCCGGGCUUCUACAAACGCUCCCACACAGAGACGGGCGGGGAGAAUGAGGCUGACGACGAUGGUAAUGAUUAUGAUGACGAUGCCGAAGAGGAGGACACAGAAUAUGCGGGAGGUGACGGGGAGGAAGAAAGCGGCGGUUGUGGUGGUGGUGAGGAACGGGUCACGGAGGCCAGUGGAGACGAUGGAGAUGGUGCGGCGCCAGUUCCUCUAACGAAUGGGAUUUUCAGCUCGAGGAAGUUCGCCGCGACUAAACGCCACGGGAAAUCACGUAAAUUACCGCUGGGUCUUACGGAACGUAAUUUUUGCAGACACGUGACAGAGGACCUGAUGAAACACGAACUAUCUUGGCCCUUCAGGAAACCGGUCUGCUGCAAGACUAUUCCGAUAUAUCGAAAGGUUAUUAAAAGGCCUAUGGAUUUGUCGACCAUUCUUAAACGUCUAGGUGCAGACAAAUGGAAUUAUUACACUUCUGUGGCAGAAUGGCGGGAAGACGUGCGUCAAAUCUUCAAAAACUGCCGAAUCUUCAACGAGGACGACUCCGAGAUAGGUAAAGCAGGCCACGAAUUGAGGCGAUACUUUGAAACUAACUGGGCGCACAUUUCGCGUCUGUUAAACCCUGGGAAUGCUUCUUCACCGCUGGAAGCGCCAACUGGGGAGGAUUCAGUCACUACAGCUCCCAGCACACCUGGAUGCCAAGAGCCUUCCACGUGCACGCCAAGUCCUGCCACAAGGCCUACUUUCGAGGUAGACGAUACACCGCCUCUUUCCCAUCCCCUUCCACCCUCCUCUGAAGGUGUUGAAGCUCCAGCUUCACCAAAGUCCGCGGAAGCACCAACAGAAGUGGAAGGAGUUCUGAACUCCCCAUGUGCUAGGGAGGCGGUGGUAGAGUCUAUCGUGAGCUAG